UUUUUUUCUAGGAUGAGCUCGUGAACUUCAUUGUCCAACUUUGUGUUCCUUAGCACUACCAGAUGGUUUGUAAAGAACCCUCAUCAUGUCACUUCCCACCCCCCAAAUUUUCCAGGACUCAAAAUUUCCUGUUCAGCCGUCAAGGUCCCUGUAAUCGGCGCCCAACCUGCCCUUCUAGAGUCAUCUCUUGCCGUUCUCCCUACGCUACCCUGCAGCCCAUGCUUUUGCUUCUGCUGUUACUGCCACCUGGAAUACUCUCAAUUUCCACCCAUCUCCACCCACAUGAGAUACGAUCCCUUUUAUAAACACUCCUAGCCCUGUGUAUGUAGCUCAUGUGUGGCAUUUACCAUGUUCUGUUCUAUGUCUCUUGCUUUUCGUGUACUCAGCUUAUCCCCCUUCCUACACCACAAGGGCUUAUAAGCCUGGGAAAAUCCUCCAGGUCCCCCAAGGCAGCAGUGUAGUUGUCAGAAUUGACUUGGUUAUCUUAUAGGAACAAUAACCCUCAUGUCUCAGAGCCUAAAAACAGGACAGAUUUAUUUCUCUUCGUGCCCUAUGUCCAUCUCAGGCCAGCAGGGGCCUCUGUUGCAUGGCAUCCUCACUCUGGGGUUCAGGGGACCCCUCCAUGUGAAAAUGAUGGGACAGGAAGGGGAACAGACAGCUGGAGGGUCUCGCACUAGCAAUUAAUCGUUCCUGUCUGGAGGUGAUAUUACUGCCUACAAGCCACUGGCCAAAAUUAGUCAUAUGGCUCUACUGGAAGGGAAGGGCAGAGAACAGCGAUCCUUCUAUACAUCUGGGAGAAGGGGAGAUCAUAUUAGGGAAGCAUGAAGUCUCUGCCAGGGUAGCUGGCAUGGUGCCUUGUGUAUAAUGGACGGUCCACAGACCUAUUGGAAGAAUGAGCAAAUGACUAUAGUAGAACUUGUUUCUUUUUCAAAUUAACUUUAAUUUUUAUAAGUAGGGGAAGAUGAACAUAUACUUUCCUAUUAAGUAUAAAUGCUUAUAUGGAAUACAGAUAUAAUUUUUCUGUUUCUGUUUAAAGCAGAAAGGAUGGAAUCAGAGAAAUGUGACCACCCAGUACUUUUGGGAGAAGUAGGAACUGCAUCAAAGUCACGCAAAUUAACGAGGUAAAAAAGAGUGUCCAAAACUGUUAGAGGAUGAAGACAGUCCAACAGGAGGGGCAGCCCUGUUGAAGACCCUUCUGAGACUGGCCUUGCCUGUAACGUGGAAAAGUGGAAGAAAACACAUAUCCUGGCAAGGUGCUUUCAGAUAGCAGGUGAAACUCUACCAUGGACGUGGCAUAACUAGACCAAGGACUGAGUUCUGUUCCCCUGGAAAACUGUGUUCCAACCAAGAGUCUCUCAAUUUAUAACCCAGAACCUGCAACCUCAAUGGAUCCUUUUCUUUUGUGACUAAUAAGAUUGUCAUCACUCUAGAAAGGUCAAACAUUACGUUUAGAAAACUGAAUGAAACCCAUAGCCUUACUAUUUUUGAAGUGAAUUUAAAUGUAGGGCUCUGAGGGUCUUCCUUUCUGAACAGCAUUAGCAAAGCAAGCCAUACCAUGGGUGAGCUAAGCCAAGCCUCCGUGGAGAAAUAUCUGGAGGAGAACCCUCGGUUUGCCAAGGAGUACUUCGACAGGAAGCUGCGGGUAGAGGCCCUGGGAGAAAUCUUUAAGAAGAGCCGGGUGUCCAUCCAGGCCAGUAUGUCUUUCCCUGAGCUGACGCAGGUGGAGGAGUCGGCCCUGUGCUUGGAGCUGCUGCAGAUGGUGCAGGAGGAGGUGGCUGGCCCAGAGCUGGCAGCUCACAGGGUCCUGCAGAGGCUGGCCCAGCUGUUGCAGGCUGACCGCUGCAGCCUGUUCCUGUGCCGGGCCCGCAACGGCACACCUGAGGUGGCUUCCAGGCUGCUGAAUGUCACUCCCACCUCCAAGUUUGAGGACAACCUGGUAGCCCCUGACAGAGAAGUUGUGUUUCCACUGGACAUUGGGAUAGUGGGUUGGAUUGCCCACACGAAGAAAGCCCUUAAUGUCCUAGAUGUUAAAAAGAACAGCCACUUUUCUGACUUCAUGGAUAAGCAAACCGGGUAUGUCACCAAGAAUCUGCUUGCAGCUCCCGUCACAAUGGGCAAGGAGGUUCUUGCUGUGGUUAUGGCAGUUAACAAAGUACAUGCACCUGAAUUUUCCAAACAGGAUGAAGAGGUCUUUUUCAAAUACCUCAACUUUGUUGCUGUCAUCCUAAAGCUUCAUCAUACCAACUACCUGUACAGUGUUGAAUCUCGGAGAAGCCAGAUCCUCAUGUGGUCCGCCAAUAAAGUUUUUGAAGAACUCACGGACGUUGAGCGACAAUUUCACAAAGCACUCUACACAGUUAGGACAUAUCUGAACUGUGAGCGCUACUCCGUUGGACUGCUGGACAUGACCAAGGAGAAGGAAUUCUACGAUGAAUGGCCAAUCAAACUUGGAGAAGUUGAGCCUUAUAAAGGUCCAAAGACACCAGAUGGCAGGGAAAUCAUCUUUUAUAAAAUCAUUGACUACAUUUUACAUGGAAAAGAAGAGAUCAAAGUGAUUCCGACACCUCCUGCAGACCACUGGACCCUUGUCAGUGGGUUGCCAACAUAUGUUGCUGAAAAUGGAUUUAUAUGUAACAUGCUGAAUGCCCCUGCAGACGAGUACUUCACAUUUCAGAAAGGACCUGUAGACGAAACCGGCUGGGUCAUUAAAAAUGUUUUGUCCCUGCCUAUUGUCAACAAGAAAGAAGAUAUUGUAGGAGUUGCUACAUUUUACAACAGGAAGGAUGGAAAACCUUUCGAUGAGCAUGAUGAACACAUCACUGAGACUCUCACACAAUUUCUUGGAUGGUCUCUUUUAAAUACUGACACCUACGAGAAAAUGAAUAAGCUAGAAAACAGAAAGGACAUUGCUCAGGAAAUGCUCAUGAACCACACCAAAGCCACUCCUGAUGAAAUUAAGUCUAUUUUGAAAUUUAAAGAGAAGCUAAAUAUAGAUACAAUUGAAGACUGUGAAGAAAAACAACUUGUCAAGAUUUUGGAGGAGGACUUGCCGGACCCCAGGGCGGUAGAGCUGUAUGAGUUCCGCUUCAGCGACUUCCCCCUUACGGAGCAGGGGUUGAUUCAGUGUGGACUACGACUGUUUUUUGAAAUAAAUGCAGUGGAAAAGUUCAAAGUCCCUGUGGAGGUUCUCACCAGGUGGAUGUACACGGUGAGGAAAGGGUACCGCUCCAUCACAUAUCACAACUGGCGCCAUGGGUUCAACGUGGGGCAGACCAUGUUUACUUUGCUGACGACAGGAAGACUGAAGAAAUACUACACGGAUCUUGAAGCCUUUGCCAUGCUCGCUGCUGCCUUCUGUCAUGACAUCGACCACAGAGGCACCAAUAAUUUGUACCAGAUGAAGUCCACCUCUCCAUUAGCCAGGCUUCACGGGUCUUCUAUUUUGGAGAGGCACCACCUGGAGUACAGUAAGACUCUCCUGCAGGAUGAGAGUUUAAACAUCUUUCAGAACCUAAAUAAGCGGCAGUUUGAAACAGUUAUUCAUUUGUUUGAGGUUGCGAUAAUAGCAACUGACCUGGCUUUAUAUUUCAAGAAGAGAACCAUGUUUCAAAAAAUUGUUGAUGCCUGUGAACAAAUGGAAACUGAAGAGCAGGCCAUCAAAUAUGUAACCAUCGAUCCAACCAAAAAAGAGAUCAUCAUGGCAAUGAUGAUGACUGCAUGUGACUUGUCCGCUAUAACCAAGCCCUGGGAAGUACAAAGUCAGGUAGCACUUCUGGUUGCAAGUGAAUUUUGGGAACAAGGAGAUCUGGAGAGAACAGUGCUGCAGCAACAACCUAUUCCUAUGAUGGACAGAAACAAAAAAGAUGAACUACCUAAACUUCAAGUUGGAUUUAUUGACUUCGUUUGCACUUUUGUAUAUAAGGAGUUCUCACGGUUUCACAAAGAAAUCACACCUAUGAUGAACGGUCUCCAGAAUAACAGGAUGGAAUGGAAAUCUCUUGCCGAUGAGUAUGAUGCAAAGAUCAAGGCACUUGAGGAGGAGGUAAAGAAGCAGGAAGAAGGAAACAUGAUUGAGAAAGCUGCUGAAGAUUCAGGAGGUGGUGGUGAUGACAAAAAGUCCAAAACAUGUUUAAUGUUGUAAUGCAAUCUAACUGGUCUAAAUUUCAAAUAUUAUUUUACUUUUGAAGACAAAACAGAAAACAUUCAAAAGAACUUCAGCAGAUUUCAUUGAGCAAGCCAUCAAGUACAGUAAGAGGAUCUUCAGGAAAACCACCCUGUGACUAUCAAGAAAAUAUAUACUGGCCCAGCGCCUGUGGCUCAAGUGGCUAAGGUGCCAGCCACAUACACCUAAGGUGGUGGGUUCGAAUCCAGCCCGGGCCCGCCAAACAACAAUGA